CAACUCACUUCACACUUCAAGCUCAAUUCAACUUUUGAACCUCAACACUACACUUCUUUAUACACACCUUUGUAGUCAGUCUCAUACAACAAUCGCCAAAAUGGGUCGCCAGUUUUUCGUCGGUGGAAACUUCAAGAUGAACGGUACGAUGAAAUCGAUCACCGACAUCGUAGAGAAUCUCAACAAGGCCCAGCUUGACCCCAACACAGAGGUCGUCAUCGCACCCCCAUCCCUGUACCUCCUCCCCACACGCCAGCAGCUCCGCAAGGAAAUCGAAGUCGCCUCGCAAAACAUCUUCGACAAGCCCAACGGUGCCUUUACUGGUGAGAUCUCCGUCGAGCAACUCAAGGACAGCGGUGUCACCUGGACUCUUAUCGGUCACUCCGAGCGCCGCCAAAUCCUACAAGAGACCGACGACUUUGUUGCGAGCAAGACUAAGGCAGCUAUCGACGGUGGUCUCGGUGUGAUUCUGUGCUGCGGUGAGAGCCUCGAGCAGCGUGAGGCAGGUGAGACGGUCAACGUUGUCACCAAGCAGCUCAAGGCCGUUGCAGACAAGGUCAAGGACUGGAGCAAGAUUGUCGUCGCCUACGAGCCUAUCUGGGCCAUCGGUACCGGCAAGGUCGCCACCACUGAACAAGCACAAGAAGUACACGCCGCUCUCCGUGAGUGGCUCAAGAAGGAAAUCUCUGCUGAGGCGGCCGAGAAGACGCGCAUCCUGUACGGAGGCAGUGUCUCGGAGAAGAACUGCAAGGAGCUGGCCAAGCAGGCCGACAUUGAUGGAUUCCUUGUCGGUGGUGCUAGCUUGAAGCCUGCGUUUGUCGACAUUAUCAACAGCAAGCAGGCAUGAAUUUAUGGCGGCGAGGCUCGUCUGUAGAUGACUGAUCACGACGAAUAUGUUAGGAAUGUUGGCUAGAGUUAUAUAAACUCAGCACAGCACAAUAGACACAUAUGACAGACCA